UUUGUUGAUAUCAAGUUUUUAAUUCAAGUGCCGUCAAUGCUAUUUACGCUGGAGACGGCCGGUAUUGUGUUUGCGGUAAUUAUUCUGCGUUACACACCCACUACGCAAAGUGGUUACAUGGAAGUAGGUGGCAUUGAUAAACUUGGUUGUUUCAAGGAAGGUCUGUCUCCACCACAAAUAAAUCAACGCCAGAGCUUCGAAGACGUUAAGAGUUUGCGGGGGCCAAAGCAGGAAAGCCAUGCUGACACCAUCGACGCUGGAAGGGAGCGCUCAAUGCGUCCAUCUUUGAUCAACAAGGCCUCAACCAGCCUUCCUCAGUGGAUCAGAAAACAUCAAACUAGAUCCGUGAUCCUGUGUCUUUGCUUGCACGUCACCUUUGAGUUCCUCUUCGUGGGAUUACUAACCUUCAACCUGGAGGACCUCUUGGGAGCAAGUGACCAUUUGUUAGUACUUGGAAUAGUCAUCAGUGGUUCCCUGUCUUUCAUUGCGUGUACCCCUUUGUGGCUUCUGCCGCAAUAUAAAGAAGAGCUCCUGUUCAAGGUGCCAUUGAUGCCACUCGCACCGUUGACUGGCUUGCUGUCUUGCGUUAUUCUCUUGCUUCACUUUGAUUUUCUAGCCUUCAUUCAAGUCCUCGUGUGGACAUGCAUAGGAUUACUCGUGUACUUCACUUAUGGCAUAAAGCACAGCGUUGAAGGAGUGCGACAAGAUGGCUAUGAAAAUUUAUGAUUUCAAACGUUACUCUCCAACGUCAUGGCGUAUAAAAAGUAUCUGAAUAUCUUUAAUAUAAUAACAACAUCCCUAUUUCACAGCGUCGUUAUCUCCUGCUUCAAAAAUGGCUACAUCUUUAUUCCUAUAUUGGAGAUAGCGUCUUUUUCAAAAUUCAGUAAUAUAAAUUUAUCCUGAAGCUUGAAACAAAUCUGAUCAAGGUAUCUCUGUUUCUAAUACUGAUGCCGAUCUGAGAUUAAAUGGCAAUUUGGCAAGUGUGGAACUAGACAUAUAUUUGAUUUUGGCUUCAGUUUAUUUUUUUUCAAAACGUCAUCUACACCUCAUCUUCUAUUGAGUUUACCGACGAAGAAACUUUGAGAGUAAGUGUGGUUUGCCAUGUGAAGAUAAAACUAUAGACUCAACCCAAUCAAUGAUUUCAAUCCGGAAAGUAGCAUUAAUAGGAAUUGAUUAACCUGGUUCAUCUACAAUUUUCAUGUUGAUUUGAUAAAGCUGUUCAUUUCAAUUGAAUCUUCAAUUAAUAAAUACUUUUCAGGGGUGGGGCCAUUUCUCAAAAAAAAUUCUCCCAUUUAUUAAUCAAACAUAACUUUUACAUCCUGGAUAUUGUUUUAAAACGUAAAAUUUUCAAUUACAGAAAAUAAAACCCCUUUUUCACGGACACUUUAAUGCUUCUCGUCGAAUCGAAAGUACAAGAAAGUAACCCUAAUCAAACAAAAAAUUAAUGAAUCAACAGUAAAAUGUGCGAUGUACUAAAGAAGUGAGCAUUCUUUAUUAGGCCUAGUUCUUUGAGUGCACGAGCAAUCUCGGUUACAAAGAAAACGGCCAACAUACACAGUCUACAGACACUGGACACACAAGUGCAACUACUGAAGCGUCGCGUGAUCUUGUGCUGGGACACCUUUGACAGUAUUAUUACUGCUAGACUGCUAAGAGUAUUUGCACCUUAUUUGGCUUUUUUGACUUGCAUUUGGCCAAUAUGGAAUUUUUUUUUUAAAAGUGAACUACAUCACUUGAAGUACGGUACGAAAUGAACCCCUAGUUUUUGCUGUUGAACAAAAAACAAGGAUAAGAUUUCGAAAGAAUAGCCCUAUUAAUCAAUUGAAGUUUACAGGAUUUUUAAAAAGUAAAUAGAAUUAGAAAAUUUAUAAUGAAGCAUGUAUUGUUUUAUCUCUGUUUCACAUCUGUAUUCUGUUAUUUGCGCUUUAAAUGGUAUUUCAAUGCCGAGGAACCGUUCUUUAGAAAUGUGUACAUUUUCGUUUGCGUCCGAUGGAGAUUGAGGCUCCCUCAGCUGUGUCACAGCUAAUUUGAAAUGCUAAUUCUCUAGCACUGUAAUUUCAUGUCAUUUGAAUUUACGGAAAAUGAAAGUAUAAUUUCUGGUGUAUAAUAUAAAAAUAAAAUGUCUGGUUUCUGUGGAGUGCCGUGGUGUAGUGUUUAAAAGAGCAUCAGAUUCGUAGUCGGCGGGUAAAGCUGCAGGUUGCGGGUUCGAAUCCAGUCCUGGGGUCAUGGUGCGUGCGCCCUUGGGCAACGCACUUUGUCACUCAUUGCCUCUCUCCAUCCAGGAGUAAUUGGGUACUCUGUGAGGGCAGAGAUGGUUAUUGUGAUUGAUUUUGCUGCUUUGCGCCGAAAUAGCAGCAUCGAACCGAGGGAGGUGAGAUGGUAUUUGGAAUGUUUAAUUGGCCCAGUGAGCAGGGGUAAUAAUAAUGGAAAAGCGCUUAGGAGCUUAAUUGUAUACCUGUUAGGUACUUAUAAGAAAUUCAUUUUUCGCGUGUCACAACUUUAUACAAUGGCAAUGAAACAAGUACCUAAAAGAAAAAUUACCAGCUAAAGUGAAUCAGUGCCCGAAGAUAAGUUAAAACGUUUAAUGGUUUUAGCGACUCCUGAGCAUUUGCAUGCUAUAAUGUACAAUCAAGUACAUAGUAAACAAGAACUUGCUCAUAUGUGGUUAACUGACAAGAAAGGCCAGAUAGCUGCUCAAUCAUAGUUUUUAAACUGGCAAGAAAUACCUUAACCUCUAACAGCUGAGAAGUAAUUUACAGGAGGCAUGUUGACGAUCACUUAGCCUAACAGUAACAGGAAUCAUGUGGUGAAUUGUAUCAUGUCGAUUGUAUCCCGUCCGAUAGGACAUUAUAAACGGUAGAAAUAGAGAUAAGCCCACCCUCCUUUCCGUUCAGCUGAUCUCUAACAUAGCAGUCCUUGACAGUGACACUUGUCCCUUUUUCAUACAAGCCACGCCCCUCUGAUGUGGUGUGGGUGUGUGUGGGGGGGCGUAGUCUCGCAGCGUUCAGGGCUUCUGGACCGCCAAUAAAACACUUUUAUGCCAAACAAGUUCCGAAAGUGGGAAUUGUCAAAAUGGUUCCUUCCUGUUGAAGUGAAGCGGCCCCUCCCUAUUGCUUUACUUGCUAUCAACCAGCAGAACUGUGGAUAAAUGGGACACAGGAUAGUUAUAGACAGGUGAAAGAAGGCCCAAGGCUUAUUCCUGCAAAUCAUUAGGACAGCUGCUACGGUUUUGCUGAAAGUUUGUUACCCAGUUGGGGCAGGUGCACGCUGUCCCAACUUUUUUAAGGCGCCCUAAAAUGCAAUGCUGACUGGAAUUGAUGCUGUAUGGAAAACAAACCCCCCACCCUACCAAUCACCCGGUUAGUUUCCCGAUUUUCCUUCUAAAAAUAUCCUCCUCACUAGUCUCCCCUUUUCCUUUUAAAAGUAUCUUCCCAGCCUUGAUGGUUAGUCUCCCGUUUUCCCUUCUAAAUAUAUCCUCCUAGCCAUGAUUGUCAACCUCCGAUUUUCUUUUUCAAGAUUGUCCUAGAUGCGAUAGUUAGUCUCCUGAUUUUUACUUUUAACAAAUACUCUUCCAACCUUUAUAAUCAAUCUUCUAUUUUAUACUAUAUAAAUUAUAAUAAUUAUAUUAUAUUCUCCUAAUCUUGAUGUUAGGUAGCCUGUUGUUUCCUUCCCAAUAUAUCCUCCUAGCUGCGAUGAGUAGUUUUAAU